AAAUAUAUUUUACUAAUGAAUAACGCGCUAACCAAACUGUGCACACUCUCCGGAAUUCUACUAAAUCCUACCAAUACUUAUUACGAAGUUGGAUACAUGAUAAUAUUGAACAUCCUUCAGCUGGUCUUAUUAUAUUUAUUACUUUUAGUCAUUGGAAAUGAAAUACUGAAGGCACGUGUAAAGGAUACAAAUUCUCAUUAUGCUUGUGAUUUAUUAUACAAAUGUGGUGUUAAAGUACAAAAAAUAUCAGUUAUAAGCGACGAUGUAGAGGAAAUAAAAAAAGAAAUAAAAAAGUUCUCUAAAAACUAUACUCAUGUUAUUACAUCAGGUGGUAUAGGACCAACACACGAUGAUGUUACAUACGAAGGUCUCGCAAAAGCUUUCGAUGAUUCGUUGCAUUAUCAUUCAAGACUUGUAGAGAUUAUAAAAGAUAAAUUUGAUGUAAAAAAUCCAACAUCACCUAAUUAUAAAAUGGCUUAUAUACCAACAAAAGCUUCUUUAAUAUUUGGAAAAGAAGACAAUCUAAGAUAUCCGUGUAUAACAUUAGAGAACGUAUAUAUAUUUCCUGGGUCGCCAAUAUUCUUUGAAAAAUCUUUUGGAAUUUUAUGCAAGCAAUUAUUUUUAACAAAUAAGUCUUUUGCAAAGGAUGAAAUAUAUUUAAACGCAAAAGAGGAAUUAUUUGCAAAUACCUUAACAAUCCUUUCAAACAAAUUUCCAAAUGUUUCAUUUGGUUCCUAUCCUGUAAACAACAAUAGCUACUACAAAGCAUUCAUUACCAUAGAAAGUGACAACAUUGAAGAAACGGAAAAAGCAAAACAACAACUUUGCAGUCUUAUAGGAUCAGAUUUGUUGGUGCAAAACGAUAAUAAUCCACAUAUUGAUAGUCUUACAAAAUAUAAAAACUUUCUUCAGAAAUGUGAAGAAUCUUAUGUAUAUGAAGAGACUUUGGAAUGUUUGAUGAAAUUUUAUCAUCAUCAACCUGAGAAAAUAGUAAUUUACUUUGAUGGUAGCACAGAAUCACAGAUAGUCAUAUAUUUUGCUUAUUUGGCUAACACAAUAUUAGAUGUAGACAAUAAAUUACAAAUUAUUUGUGCAAAAUUGUCUCCACAAAAUGACAAACAAUUAAUCGAAGAUAUCGUAAAAAGAUAUAAUCUAAAUAUCUACAUGUUAGAAAGCGAUCUUUCCAAUGAUAUAAAGAAAUUAAAUACAGUAAAACCGCAAUUAGAAAUCUUAUUAGUCGGAACGGAAGAAAAGAAAUUGCGUGAAACAUUGGGAUAUCAUUCGAAAAAUGACGAAGCUAUUGGGCAAUUAAAAAUAAACAAUCCUCUACAUAGAUGGACGCAGGAAGAUAUACGGGUUUUCGCUAGAUUUCUAUUAUUGCCCUUUACAUGAUUUCACGAACUCUUCAAGAUGAAACGCAUGUUUCACUGAAUCCCCUUACAGACAUUUUCGCAGCCUUGAUACAUAUUGAUAGGCACAGAGGAUGAAAAUAUUUUGUUUCAGUGAAAGUCCUGAUAACGGCACAGGUACGGUAAUAAAUAAUAACGAUAUCUUGUAACGAUUACGUCUUUUUUUUUUUUUUUUAUUAUUUUUUACUCUCGAUUAUUCUAUCGAGGAAUUAGCUACGUUAGAGAAGAGUACGAGUUUACGACGUUAAUAGAUAUUUUGAUAUAAUCUGCUUCGCAUUCCCGAGAGGAGGGAGGAGCAGUCAUCUCAUCGUUGCGAAUCACGCGCGACCUCGAUUUGAAAAAUCCCAAAAUGCUUCCGGCAGGUUGACGGAAGUCGUUUAAUAUUCGUAAGGGCAUGCACAGCAAGAAACACAAAAGCUUCCUACCAUUGUCUACGUGCGCUUUCAAUAUGUCUGCUCAGCCAUCCGAGCAGCGGAACUCGAAUGUACAUUGAAGAGGUAUGAGGUUCGGGGGUGGGUAUGGGUGCUGGUGAGGGUAAGAGCGAGGGUGUGGGAGAUGAAGAGAAAGAGAAAGAGAAAGAGAAGGAUGAGGAGUAGGAGGAGGAGAAAGAGGAGGUGGAGGAGGGGGGUCGCGAGAUUCCAGGGACUGAAGUUAGGAGAGAGGGAAGUCUGAGUAUAAGCUCGUAUUACACAUUUUUCAAGUGAGGGAAAAGGCUGGUAGGGAGGGGAGAGGAGGAGGAAUCUCUCCGUUUCCACCUCCUUCCACCCUUUCGAAAUUUCAUUUCCAGUUAAAGUAUUUCUAGCUUUUUUCCUUUGAAACUUUAAAAUGAGACCGGGGAGGAGAGCCCCGCUCUGUCCUCCCAACCACCCUUCCCUUCCCCUUUUUUCUCUCUACGUCUUCACCGAGUCGCUCUAGUCGCGAUAUUCCGCGGAAGAGAGGUACUAUUUUUCAUAUCCUUACUUCUUCGUUUUUCUUACAUACAUACAUAGAUCGUUCCUUGCGGGAAAUCAUUUUGAGACUUCAAACGCGCCUCGUUCGCGCUCUCAUUGUUAAAACAAACACGGACAUUUUUCGAUUAACGUUUUAUAUACUUUUUAAUUUUAAGAGAAUUCACGGAUUGCAUUUGUUAACUCUGCGAAAUAUAAUCAACGUCGUAAUUUUCUUUUUCACUAUUUCUUUCUUUUUCUCUUUUCUUUUCCUCUCCAAUGAAAAUCUAACAUUCAAAAAAAUCGUCAUAUCGCUCGAGUACAAAUAGGUCGAAUCAAAUAUGUCUAUUAACGCUGCUCUGAUCUCAUAUAUAUAUAUAUAUAUAUAUAUAUAUAUAUAUAUAUAUAUAUAUAUAUGCGUAUCUGUUAUCAUUGUAAACACUUUGAAUUUCAACCUUCCUCGUAUGUUUGCUAUGUCAUAUCUGUGCCAACGUCAAAAUUAUUUUCAGCUGUAAUACGACAUAUGUACCUAUGUAUAUACGUAUGCUUAUUAUAGAGACUCGAUUAAUAAUAGAAAGCACAAAUGAAGAACGAAACGUGAUUCAGUUAUAUUUAAAAAAGUAUUUUUUAAUACGUCCCUUGGUAUCCCUUUAUUGCAAUAUAUUUCUAUAUUACAGAAAUCGACAGGAGAAAGAGGAAAUAUUUCCCGACUUCCCCUCCGUGGUACUCCCUCCCCCUUUGCAUCUCUCUGUCCUAUCCCUCCCUCUUUCCCAUCUGCCUCCGUCCCUCACCAAUGGGGCUUUUUCGAGCAAAGGAACUUUAUAAAAAUACCGCGUUCAUCGUCAUUUCAAUUUCGGUUAAAAAUAUUGAAGUACACCGGUGGUAUUUUUCAAACAAACACGAACUCGCACGGGUCUGGCUGCUGGCACAGACUAAACCGGGGGGAAAGUGUAUAUAAUGCAAGCGCGGCGCAAAACGGAAAUGGAUAAAAUACUAUUUCAGCUUUUCUAUAGCAAUGCCAGUUUAAUAUCUGUAGAAAUUGUAUUGGUUCUUUUAUACGGGGCGGGGUGUGGGGCGGUGGAAAAAAUAAAAAAAAAAAAAAAAGAAAAAUAGAAGGAAAAAGAAUCAGUAUGGAAUUCAACGUGGAAUAACGUAAUACUGAAGUUACCGUAACAUUUUUAUGUGUAUAUAUAUAUAUAUAUAUAAAGUACAUAUAUUCAUACGUACAUACAUACGUAGAUAUGUAGGUAUAUACGCUAAGAGAGAGAGAGAGAGAGAAAUACGAAUCCUUUACGAGUUUACCGACGAUGUUCUACGAAGUUUUCCAAUUAAUUAACGAGUUGGUAGUACUCCCUUGUUAAUAGAUAGAAUCCCCGCUGUGCCUUCUCUUCGAAGGAAUUACAUCAUCUUGCGUUACGUGAAUCGUCUUGAAUUUGAUUUAGAUUCGAGAUUGAAGAUUUAAUUGUACUUACGUACUUACGUACUUACGUACAUAUGUAACAAUUUAUCUAUAUAUAUAUAUAUAUGUACGUAUGUAUUCAUUUUUGUAUAUAUGUACACGUAUAUGUACGUAUGCAUGCAGAGAAGAAAUUAACGAGAAUAACGACGCAAAAUAAGGUACGCCGAAAGGUACGAUCUUCUUAAACGAUCGCUGAACGUUCGCUCACAUGCGACCAUUUUGAGGCGGUUGUAGCAGACGAAGUAGACAGGGGAGUCUCGUAUUUCAACGGAGUAUUUCAUUUGAGUUUGGAAUUGAUUGCUCGGCGGGUUGAAGAAAGUCGGUGGGUUGGGGUGCAGCAAGCGAGAGAGAGAGAGAGAGAAAGAGAGAGAAUAUAGAAGAGGGUGCGCGGGUUGGCUCGUUGGAAGGGAGCCUCCAAGCUGAAGAGGAGGAUACGAGGGGGAAGUGGCACAGGGUCAGAAGGAGAGGGAGAGUGAAUAUAUAUUCGGUGAGAACAGAACGGCCGAACGACGAGAGACGGAAUGGAACGAAACGAACGUAUAUUUCCAGAACAAAUAUUUACGCGAAAGAGGUAUAAAAAGAGCGAAAAUGUGUUUUCUGUUUGAUUUGCGACUGUAUUUUUCUUUCCGGCCCGACUGCCUCACCUCACCUCAUCUCGUCUCUUCUUUCUCUCUCUCUCUCUUUCUCUUUCUCUUUCUCUUUCUCUUUCUCCUCUUCUCCCCCUUCUUUUUCUCUCUUCAUUCUCGUUUUCUCUCUGUUUCUAACUUCCUCUCUUUCUCUCUCUCUUCAUACUUCCUCCUCUUCAUGUGCUCCAUCCCACACACGAUUUCCCUGUUUCCCUUAUUUGCUUUUAUUCGAAGGCAUGCGCUCGUGGCUGCAAACUUCGCUAAUUACCUAUCCCAUUACUACCACCUAGAAAUUUCGAAAAUCAAUGAAUAUAAGCUGCGAAUAAUUUCUCUCUCCCUCUCUCUCUCUCUCUCUCUCUUAUUCUGUCAUCUUUCUUCCCCCUUCCUUUUCAUCAUAUUUUCGCCUCUCUCUCUUUCUCUUUCUCUCUCUCUCUCUCUCUGCUCUAUGAAUGGCAAUCGAAACUUUUCGAGACUUGUUCUAUUUUCCAUGCGACCAACUCACCCCCAUUCCGAGGCGUACUUUUUAAUCACGGAAAGCUUUAUUCUUACUUUUCGCCGUCAUCGUUAGCUCAUUUUGUGGCCGAUCGAACGAGCCCGAGAUGUUAUCAAGAUAUCUCGCCGCAGUAUGUGUUGUCAUCGUCGGAGCGUGUAUUAUUACUCGCAACAUAAAGUCGAGCAAAUAUUGAAAUUGUUAACUCUCGUCGUCGUCGAGGUGAAGGUGGAGGUGGAGGUGGAGAAGGAGGAGGAGGUGGAGGAGGAAAAGGAGGAAGGGAAAGAGAAGGAGGGGAGAGAAGAAAGAGAGGGAAGAAGUGGAGGAGGAGGAGGGGGAGGGGGAGGUGGAGGUGGUGGUUUCGUCACGAGUGAAGUUGCCGCGGUAUAAUCAUCACAUAAAUAACGAAGUAUAAAGUUUCCUCUAAUAACAAAAGUAACUGGGAAGCGAGGUAGAGUAUGAGAGAGAGAGAGAGAGAGAAAGAGAGAGAGAGAGAGAGAGA